GGGAGGGAUGGAGAGGAUGAACGCCAGCCAGCCCCGUCAUUCCUCUUAAAAAUGGCGUCUUCUGAACAAAAUGAGCUGAAAAAAUAGCUUUAGUGCAGCGCGAGUGAGCAGCGGUCGGCGCGCGCGGUCGAUGCGGAUCUAGGUUCGUUUAUAUUACACGCGCUCAGAAAGCGGAGCAUCUGAUCUACAGCCCGUCGGCACAACACCAGAGACAAUAGACAGUGAAAUAUAUGGGGGAGAGAAGAGGAGGGAGGAGGUGCUCCUGGCUGCUGUGACCCCCUCCUCCUCCUCCUCCUCUCGCUCCUUCUCCUCCCUCCAGUCCUCCCAGUCUACAGGCUCGUCAAACAGAGAAAUAAACAGAGGCGAGUGCACCGAACAGAAGACAUUCCUCCCUCCCCUCCCCCCUCGCUAUCUGUCCAUCUUCAUCCAGCCCUUUCUUUCAUGGAGAGGAAUUAUCCCGCUGCAGGCUUUGGAGAUCUAGGGGCUGGGACAGGAUGGAGUUACGACAGAUCGGCCAAAGCAAGCCUCAUGUAUGGGAGCUCCAGAUCAUCCCACCCAGACUCAGAGCUGAUCCACAGACAGGCCUAUAGUGCCCCCCACCCCCUCCAAGGCUAUGCAACCAACCAUCACCCGGGAAGCUCAAGAGAAGGUGGAGCCUGGGGUGCUACUGGUCGCACGCUCGGCCUGUCUGGGCUGUUUGAUGCCAGCCUCCACCAUGCCAGUCCCUCGGGUCCUGAUGCCUCAGUUAUGAAUCUUAUUUCAGCUCUAGAUUCCCGAGGUCCCCAGCCCUCUCCUUCGGCAUCCUCCCUCCUCUCUCAGUUCCGCGCACCAUCUUGGCAGACUGCAAUGCAUACACCGGCCCCAGCGGAGCUCUUUAUUUCAGGGGCACUGCCAGGUUCCAGCUCCUUCCCCUCUUCCUCAGCCCUGUCCGCUUAUCAGCAUCCUGGUUCCUUCUCUGGAAGACCUUUCACUCCCUCCAUAUCCCUACAGGACACGCCUACAUUUAGCCCCACCUCCAAUGGCUUGCUAUCUCCCCAUGAUCCCCUUCUUCACAUCAAAACACCCUCCCAAUCGACCUUGGGUUUCGAUCGUUUGCUGUCUUCCCAGAGUGCCACCUAUCGUUCAUCCCAAGAACCCCCAGCACCUCUUCAGAACCAAGCCCCUUCCACCUCCUCUAGUUGCCAUCUGCCACCUCCCCAGUUCAACCUAUUGUCCUCCCAGCUCCACAACCAGUCCUCCCAGCUUUAUAAUUCAUCCAUGUUCUCUUCCACACCAGCUCUGCCACCUACAGCUCAGCCCCAGGGUCCUCAGGAGAGGGCAAUUCCCAGGCAGGACAGUGUGAUUAAACACUACCAACGCUCAUCGCCAACCCAGUCUACAACACUUCCUCUACAGCAGUACGUCAGCUGUGGUGGAUCUACAGGCUACCAGCAGAUAGCAAGUCACCAUCGGCAUGCUGGAGUGUCCUGCAGUCCCCUGGGGGAGCAAAGCCCAUCAUCUGACCCAAAGCCCUCACCACGAACAGAGUCCCAGACAUACAGACCCAUCAUUCAAACACCCUAUACAUCCUCCUCCUCCUCCAGCUCCUCAGCCUCUGCCUCUUCUGGUACAAAAGGAACAAAGAGUUCUAGCUCCACUAGUGGCUACUCCUCCUCAGGCUCAGGAUCUUCCUCUUCCCGUACACCACACACUCCACCAUCAGCCUCCUCCACCUCCUCCUCCUCCUCCUCUAGUUCCAAGGGAAGCACUGGAUCCAUGACUGCUCCUUCUCGUCAGCAACCCCCACCUCAGUCAGUACCGGGAUCACUUCCACCACCAGUGGUUACAUCUGCACUUACUCAGCAGUCAGCAUCUAAACAAUGCCUUGUUUCCUCCUAUGGCUCACCCUCUGUGGCCAAAUCCAGCACAAGUCUAUCAGGCCAGACCCCACCCCAGCAACAAGCCCAGUCUUAUUCUCCCAACCAGCAUCCAUCUACACUCAUGGCACACUCAUAUGGAGGCUUCAACUCACCUCAUGGCCAGGAAAUGACCUCUUUAGCAGCAGGAUCUACAAGAAAGGCUUUCCCUGGUUUAGGUCCUGGAGAGCGCUCAUUUUCUGCAGAAACAGUCUUUGGUGAUUCAAACUUUGGCUCAGCUUCUCUCAGAAGAGCGAGCAGUCCUGCCCUAGGGUAUGGAAAUGUUGGAGGAUCAUCUGGAAGUGGACCUGCAACAGGAGCUGGUGCUCUUGUCAGUGGAGUCGGGUCUGCAGGAUCUGGAAACACAGCUGCUGGUCUUGGUAAUGGAGGCAGGACCACAUACCAUCUUCCUGAGUCCAGUCCCUCUCCCUCCAUCAGUUCUGCUAUAAAUCGCUCUGGAGUGCACUCUCCAGCUUCUGCUCGCCCUGCACAAUCGCCUGGAGGCUCAGGAGCCAAUAAGUACUUGUCCUCAAUCCUCUCCCCUCCUUUUAUGUCUUCACCACAAGGUUUCCCUGAUACACGGGAAGCACAAAGCCAGUCUUACCACACUACACCACCCAGGCCAAAAACAGAGACCAGUAUGCUGGGAGUUGAGCGCUCCCAAGACGAGGAAGAGGAUGAUGAUGAUUUCCUCAUUCACCACUUGCUACAUGCACAGAGCUCAACUCCCCAUCCAUCGCAGCAUCAUCAACCUUCUCAGCAGAUGCCCCAACCCCUCACCCAGGUUACUGACAGAGAAGUCAAAGGGCUGGCCUAUAAUAUCAACAAGAUAUCAGAAGAGCGAUACCACCUUCAAAGUGUCAUUCGUACCAAUAAUACCACCAGUAGUUCAGGGACUGGAAUGACAGUUGAUGCCAACACUCAGAUGGAGAUAUCACAGAAGAAACAACAACCAAACAAGCCAGAGUUGACGUUGACAAAAUCAACAGCUGGAGGGGUGGGAGAGGCUGCUGACUCUCUUUCCCACUCCCAUCAACAACAGCAUGACUCCUUUAGCUCUGUGGUCCAUUAUGGAAAUGAUGACACCUACACCCAGCAUCCACAUGCACAUCAUCCCCAACAUGUGUCCUCACACACGCAGCAAUGUCAACACUCCCAGCUCUCCCAACACUCUUGCCACACUCAGCAUACACAACACUCUCAGCACACCCAUUCUCACCCUCACAUGAAUCCGAAACAGCCUUCAGAAGCAACAGACAGCACUUACUUGUGUAACACACAAGAUGUGCAGCAAACCCGUCAGAACCAGGUACCCAUCUCUAUGAUGGAUUCCUCACCAAAUCCUUCUAGCCAAACUCACAUGCUGCAGUCUGUCCUUUCCCAUACCACCCACACAAAGAUGGACCCACAGCAAACCCCAGCAUCAGCACAACAACAUCAACGACCCUUAACCCAGCAGGCUAUGAUGGUUUCAGCUGGAGGAGCAGGACCUACUAGAGUGGAGUCUCACCCACAAAGCCAGUCACAGUUGCAACUCCAGCUCCAGUCACAGGAUAUUGAUACACAUUACACUCUUGGACCCCAACCAAGAGAUCAAACCCAACCUAGUCAGAACUCAGUGUCUCCAUUAGACAUGCUAGACCAGUCACUUUCCCAGACCAACAAUAGAGACAGUGGGGCUCUGGACAGGACUGGGGUAGGGGUAGGGGUACAACUUUCAGGAGGGGAGCAAAGUGGCGCAGACAUGCACAGACAACAGCACAGACUUGCACCCCGUCUCCAUUCCCAACAAACAGCCUCAGAUCUCCAUGACUUCCUCUCUGAACCAGACCUGUCCAACCCCACACACCUACACCACCUCAACCAGCCUCAGGCCCAUGCUCAUUCUCAUACACAACACCAACAACAAGCACAUACUCACCAUCAGCUUCCACACACUCAAUUAGGACAUCCACACUCUCACAGAAUGGCAGCAAAUAUGGUAACUCCCCAACAACAGCAACAGUCCCAACCAAGUGAGACUGAACCCCAGCUCUCACAUGCUCAGUUAGAUCCACUCAAACAGCACCAGUUUGAUUCUGUGAGCCCUGUAAGUAAAGUAGGACAGAAUCAAUCUCAGCAGCAGCGUUUCGCACCACUAACAUCAAUUUGCUUUCCAGACUCUCUCUUACAUGAUGAAGAUCGCUCUUUCUUUCCUGCAAUGGAGGAUAUGUUUUGUUCAGCUGAUUACAAGUCAAGCUGUGCAGGGGAUUCUGGGACAGGACAGGCUGCUCAAGAAUGCCUCACCCAAGGUCAUGGACAGGGACAAGAAAAUAUGGAGGCCUUAAAAACAGGAGGUGCUGGAGAAAGCUAUGACAUGGUUGGUCAUCAUAGUGAUCAAGGCUAUGGACAAUACUGCCACAGCCUUCCAGGAACAGGAAAUGGCAACCUGCAUUUAGAUCUUGACUCAUUAAAGACCCAUGAGCUUCCCUCCACUGUGAAUACUGAUCAGCUUGGCCUUAUCCAAUCCCAAACUUCAAAUAUUGGGUUGAGUUCAGCAAUUCAAGGCAAUGAUUCAAUCAACAAAAUGAUGGGAGCUGUAGGACCUGGUGGUUCAGGCACCACUGGUCUAACCACACCUAUCUUCUGUUCCUCUCGACCUAAGAAAUUGCUGAAGACUAGCUCAUUUCAUUUGCUUAAACAGCGGCAGGAGCCACAAACACAAACAAAGAAAAAUUAUGCGCAAGAGUAUGAAUUUGAGGAUGAUGAGGAUAAAGCUGAUGCUCCAGCUGAUAUUCGCCUCAACAGUCGGCGCCUUCCUGAUCUGCUCCCUGACUUGGUGUCCAGUUGUAGGAAGGUGGGAGGGGUAUCAGGGGUAAGUGGGGUCACUCAAAUGAUGGACAUGGACUUCUGCCAUCCAUCCAGUUACUCUUCCCUACCCCCUCCACAACCUCUUUCACAUGACGGCCCUAAGAAAAGAGGCAGAAAACCAACCAAACCAAAACGUGAAGGUCCUCCUCGGCCACGAGGUAGACCACGCAUACGACCACUUCCAGAACCUCCUUUCUGCAGGGGGCUCAUGGGAUCAGUGUCUGGAGAAAGCAGGAGGGGUCGCGGCCGUGGCCGAGGAAGGGGUAGGAAGGAAGAGGGACUUGUGGAAAUGCAUCGAGACAUGAACAAAGCGCAAAGUAUGACAUAUCAUCCUCUGCAGCAGCAGCAUCCACAGCAACAGUUCAACCAACAGCAGCAUCUCCCACCACAUCAACAUCAGCAGCACAGACAUCAACUAGGGCACCACCAGGCACCGCCACAACAACAUCACCUUUGCAGCCAACAACAGCAGCAGCAGCAGCAUGUUUCCUCUGCUCAGCAUCAGCCACAUCAUCAUCAGCAGCAGCAUCAUCUUCAGCAACAGCAAACAUCGCAGCAACUGCAGCAAGAUCCUAUCAGACCAAUCAAGAUCAGACUACCAGUGCCCACCAUGCCUCCAUCUGAAUCCUUGUUGAGGACGGACUCACUCUCCAGUUCAGAGCCGGUCCUGUCUGAUGGAUCUGUGGGUUCAGCACCGUCUCUAGGCCUGAGCCCUGGGCCCAGUACAGCCAUGGACAUUGGCAGAAAUGAACUAAACCAAAUGCAAGACAAGAUGGUGAAGUAUCAGCCUGGAGAGAUGACAUGGAAGAAAGAAACUGAAGAUCUCCUAAAUCCCAAUGACUGGGCUGCGAUGCAGAAACUCGCAAGUUCAGCUGAUGAAAAGGCUUUUGACUUCAAACCUGGCUUCAUGGCCUCUUUCUUGGACUUUCUGAAGACAGGCAAAAAGCAGACAGGACUUGAACCAGAAUCAGAUAGAAGCGAGGAGGAUGUGCUGAACUCCUGCUCCUCUUUGAAGGGGGGGAUCAGGCCCCUGUCCCCCCCACCACCUCCUCCUCCUUUGUCACCAACUCCUUCACAGCAGCAUCCUCCAGGAACAUUCAAGGAAGUCAGAGAUGGAGAGGGGGAUGAUGAAGGAGAAGAACUGGCUCUGAGUGGCUGCUCAAGUCCCUGUAAACCUCUGGAUGAGGAACUGAAGAGGAACCUGGAGACCCUGCCCUCCUUCUCCUCUGAUGAGGAGGACUCAGUCAGUAAGAACCAGGACCUGCAGAAGAGCAUCUCAUCUGCGAUCUCAGCCCUCUACGACACUCCACACUCACUGGCUGCUGCUAUGGCGUCCGCUUUAGUUAAGGGCCCACCCACUCUGUCCCCUCCCACCCCGCAAGAACCUCCACUUAGCCCCCCUCUGCCAGCCAUGCCUCCUCUCAUCCCCUCAGCAAUGGUGGAGAACGAAAAGGAGGGGACGCCACCACAACACCCAUUGGAUGAUGAUGAGCAAAAUCUGGCCUCGCCGAGGUCAAACAGACAAGAAGCAGAGGAAAGGGAGCGUGAAGAAGAAGAAGAAGGGGAUGAAGGGGUGGAAGAGGAGGAGGAGGAAGAAGAGGAAGAGGAGGAGGAAGAGAUGGCUAUCAAUGAAGAAAUAGAACCAGCUCAAGAGCCUCUGAAUCAGCAACAGAAAAACCAGGAGGAACUAGAUGAACAGCUGCAGGAAGAGCAAACAAUUCCAGAAACGCCAGCGCUGGAUGUUCCCACAGUGGAAGAAUCCCCAGCAGGACCUGUACCUGCGCCUUCAUCCCCAUCGCCGUCCCCCUCCCCCUCCCCACCUACCUACUCUUCUCCCUCGCCCCUCCCUCCUCUGUGCCCCUCUGUGUCCUCCCCCCUGCCAGUCCAGCACAAUGACAAAGAAGAAGUGAAUCAGAUGUACCCUCCCUCUGAGCAGCAUCCACCUUGCUGCCCCCCAGCUCCAGCUGCAGGCACAUCCCCGCCCCCCUCCACCUCCCCUCCAGCCAUCCCCUCCCCACCCUUUUCCAACCUCCUGCUGGCCCAGUCCAUACCCCCUCCCUCCACCACGCCUCCUCCAUCAUCCUCUGACCAGGACCAGGAACCCGAGGCUGGGCAGCCUUCGCCGUUCUCACCUUCAUCCUCAUCAGCCUCUUCAUCGACUUCUCCACCAUCACCUCCGACUCCAGAGGAAGCCCCUCCCUCACAGCGGCUGACGUCCCUCCACCUGGCAAAGAAACAAGCUGACGCCGCCAUCGCUGGAGAGAGUGAGGAGGAGGACAGCGAGAGUGGAGGCGAGGGAAUCUUCCGUGAGCGGGAUGAGUUUGUGGUUCGGACUGAAGAUAUUGGAACUUUAAAGAUGGCGUUGCAGACGGGCAGGGAGCCUCCACCCAUCUGGAGGGUACAGAAAGCCUUGCUCCAAAAAUUCAGUCCAGAAAUCAAAGACGGUCAGAGGCAGUUCUGUGCCACCAGUAAUUAUCUGGGUUACUUUGGUGAUGCCAAAAUGAGAUACCAGCGUUUAUAUGUGAAGUUCUUGGAAAACAUCAACAAGAAGGAUUAUGUUAGAGUUUGCUCUCGAAAACCAUGGCACAGACCGAGUCUAACUCUAAGGCGGCAGUCGCUGCCUAAACAGCUGUCCAGCAUUCACAACCAAACCCCACCCAGAGUAGACAGAGACGACCGGGACAAGGACAGACAGAGGGAGCACAAAGACAAGGAGAAGGAGCAACGGGAGAAAAUAGAAAGAGAACAAAAGGAGAGAGAGAGGAGAGAGAAAGGAGAGAGGGAGCAGAAGGAGAAGGAGCAGAAAGAAAGGGAGCAGAGGGAAAAGGAGAAACUGGAGAGGGAAAAGGAGGACAGAGAACGAAAGGAGAAAGAGCACAGGGACAGGGAGAAAGAAAAGGAGGUAGAAAAAGAGAGAGAGAAUAAAAGGAGGGAGAGGGAGCAGAAGGAGAGGGAGAAACAUGAGAAUGAGAGGGAGCAGAAGGAGAGGGAGAGGAGGAAUAGGGAGCAGAAGGAGAAAGAGAGACAGGAGAGGGAGCAGAGUGAAAGGGAGAGAGAAGAGAGGGAGCAAAAGGAGAGGGAAAGGAGGGAGAAAGAGAGGGAAAAGAGAGAGAGGGAGCUGAGGGAGAAACAAGAGAGGGAAAGGAGGGAGAAGGAGCUGAGGGACAGAGAGCACAGCGAACGGGAGAAGGAGAAAGCACAGAGGGAGAAGAGGGAAAGAGAGGAACUGGAGAGGAGAGGAGGAGCAGUGGAAUGCACGAGGCCAAAGCUGAAGGAGGAGAGAGGAGGCGACAAGACUCCUGCUGAGUAUCAGCCCAGAGCCAAGAGCUCAAAAGACAAAGCGGAGCCUCCUCCCAAGAAGAGGAAGAAGUGGCUGAAGGAGGUGCUAUCAUCCUCCUCCGACUCAGACUCGUCUCCACCGAGUGAUGAUGAAGGACCUGUGAGGAGUGGGUUCAACAACAGAGCCAUGAGGGAGAUGUUCAGGAGUUAUGUGGAGAUGUUGGUCAGCACAGCGCUGGACCCGGACAUGAUCCAGGCACUGGAGGACACAGACGAUGAAUUAUACCUCCCGCCCAUGAGGAAGAUCGACAGCCUCCUCAGCGAACAGAAGAAGAGGCUGUUGCGGCGAGUCGACAUGAGCAUUCAGCACCAGGAGGCUUUACACAUAUUCCCCAAAAUGACGGCAGACCCUCUGGAAUCUGGAGCCGUCAAAGUCCACCUCGGUGGAGAGGGUUACAACCGUAAAACUCUCAAUCGGGUCAAGAGGAGUAUUCCUAAACAACAGGACCUAAAGCUCUCGAUUGAAACCUGUCGGAUCUACACUCUGUAUCAUUCCCUUCACCACUACAAGUACCACACCUUCCUGCGUUGCAAGAAGGAGACGGACAGUAUUGAGCAGGCGACGGAGGACCCCGGCCAGGAGGAAGUGGUGCAGCAGUGCAUGGCCAACCAGGGUUGGCUGGAGAACCUCUUCAACUCCUUCAUGGAACUGCUCAGCCUCAGUGCCAAGGCCUGAAAAAGAAGAGAAAGAAGCCGAAGCAGAGCCUAGUUCAUCAAACUUACAUCCACCUGCAGUAUUAGAAAGACGGAGGCAUCUGCAGUUUGAUAAAACAAAAGAAUCAGGCUACAGAAAGUAUGGACUAUUUUUCGAGAUGUAGGAUGGAGUAAACUGAACUUUGUGAAUGUGAAGGAUUUGUCUUAAAAGUCAAAGAUAGGGACCACAGGAACAUUUGGUCAGCACUACAAAAUAACACAUACACAUACACAAGGUGUCUGUAAGUAUGUACUGAUUACUAUGGUUUGUAUAAUUUAUAUAAAUACAUUUUUAAAAAUGACCAUCUUAAGCUGGGAUUGUUUGCUAUUAUUAUUUUUGAAAAAUAUUUUAAGGGGGUUAACAUGAAAUGGCCCAUGUGCAGUCAGUCCUUUGCUCCAGUGAGACUAACAGAGGUAAAACUAGGAGACAGAAGUAAGGUUUUAAAGGACUAUGUGAUAGUCUUUUUGUUCUACCUGCUUCAGAGUGAGAAAUGUAUUUAAAAUUUAAGCUGUGUUCUUUCUGUUUGUUCUUGAAAAGACAAUGAGAGAGAUAAUUUAAUGCCUAUAAAGACAAAGAAAGAAAAAAAAUCAAGCACGACUUUCCUAAAGAAGGUGUGAGGUGAAAUGAUCCAAAAGCCUAAAUGUCUGUGUUUAAUGUUGGUCCUUUUUAACUGUAUGUUGUUGAUGAUCAUUUGACCUCUGUGGAAACUCCUGCAGAGACAUUCUGUUGUUUUGAUGUGUAAAUAGUGUACAGCUACUUCAUUCUCUAGUUCCCAGUUCCUCUUCUGUACAUGAAAUUCCUGUAUUUGACAAAAGGAAAUAAAACUGUUCAAAACUGUG